GCCCGCGCGCCCGGAACCUCCGCCGCUGCCGCCGCCGCGAUGCGGGCCGAGGGCCCGGCCGGCCUGGAGCGCUUCAGCAGCCCGGGCAAGGGCCGGGGGCUGCGCGCGCUGCGGCGCUUCCGGGUGGGCGAGCUGCUGUUCUGCUGCCCGGCCUACGCCAGCGUGCUGUCGGUGGGCGAGCGCGGCCACCACUGCGAGCACUGCUUCGCCAGAAAGGAAGGUCUGUCCAAGUGCGGGCGCUGCAAGCAAGCCUUCUACUGCAAUGCCGAGUGCCAGAGGGAAGACUGGCCCCUGCACAGACUCGAGUGCACCCCCAUGGUGGUUUUCGGGGAGAACUGGAGCCCGUCCGAGACGGUGAGGCUGACGGCGAGGGUCCUGGCCAAGCAGAAGCUGCACCCUGAAAGGACGCCCUCAGAGCGACUACUGGCUGUGAAGGAGUUUGAAUCCCACCUGGACAAACUGGACAAUGAGAAGAGAGGGCUGAUCGAGAGCGACAUGGCGGCCCUGCGCCACUUCUACUCGGAGCUCCUGGACAUCCCGGAGCCGGGCAGCCUGCUGGGCCUCUUCGCGCAGGUGAACUGCAACGGCUUCACCAUCGAGGACGAGGAGCUGUCGCACCUGGGCUCGGCCAUCUUCCCCGAUGUGGCCCUCAUGAACCACAGCUGCUGCCCCAAUGUCAUUGUCACCUACAAGGGGACGCUGGCGGAAGUGAGAGCCGUCCAGGACAUUGACCCUGGAGAGGAGGUGUUCACCAGCUACAUCGACCUCCUCUACCCCACGGAGGACCGCAAUGAGCGGCUGCGGGACUCGUACUUCUUCACCUGCCAGUGCCCAGAGUGCCUGUCCCAGGACAAGGACAAGGCCAAGGUAGAGAUCCGGAAGCUCAGCGACCCUCCAAAGGCCGAGGCAGUGCGGGACAUGGUGAGAUACGCACGCAACGUCAUUGAGGAGUUCCGCAGAGCCAAGCACUACAAAUCCCCUGGGGAGCUGCUGGAGAUCUGUGAGCUGAGCGAGGAGAAGAUGGGCUCCCUGUUCGAGGAGGGCAACGUGUACAUGCUGCACAUGCGCUACCAGGCCAUGGGCGUGUGCAUGUACAUGCAGGACUGGGAGGGCGCCCUGCGCUACGGGCAGAAGAUCAUCAAGCCCUACAGCAAGCACUACCCGCUGUACUCACUCAACGUGGCGUCCAUGUGGCUGAAGCUGGGCCGGCUCUACAUGGGCCUGGACAAGAGGGCUGCCGGGGAGCGCGCCCUGCGCAAGGCCCUGGCUAUCAUGGAGGUGGCGCACGGCAAAGACCACCCUUACAUCUCCGAGAUCCAGCAGGAGAUUGAAAACCACUGAGGCCCCUUCGUGUCUGAGCACUAUCUGCGUGCCCAGUCAUGUGACCUACUGUGCUCCUGCUGCAGUGCUCCGCACACUCCUUAGAAUAAAGAGAGGA